AUGUGAGAGGGACACAUCCACUGGUUGUCUCUCGUAAAACCCUGACCAUGACCAGGGACGUACUAAAACAGAAGUAUAGGUAUGUGCCCUUGACUGGAAUUGAAUCCGGGACUCUGGUUUGUGGGGCGACACUCUAACUGCUGAGCCAAACCAGCCAGGGCUAUCUGGUCUUAACAGAACCAGUAUAAUCAUUUUAAUGUAGAAUAAUUCUUUCAUGGUUUUACAUUUUGGGCAUAUAGCAAUUCUAGUAAUUCUACAUAUUUUCCACCCUUAACCACAGGAAUUUCACAUUGAGCAUACUAGAUCUGUAACUCAUUGCUUAUGAGGGAAAUGAAUUUCUUAGUAAUAUUGUUCUUGGAAACCGGAGCAGGGAACUAACCUUUGUUGAAGAAGAGAGGAAACUGGAGAUUGGAAAAAAGUGAUUUAAACAGUCAAGUUAAAUCAAGCUGGGUAAUCAUGGCAGAAGGUGGAUUCGAUCCCUGUGAAUGUGUUUGCUCUCAUGAGCAUGCGAUGAGAAGGCUGAUCAAUCUGUUGAGGCAGUCCCAGUCCUACUGCACAGACACAGAAUGUCUUCAGGAAUUACCAGGACCCUCUGGUGACAAUGGCAUCAGUAUUACCAUGAUCCUGAUGGCCUGGAUGGUUAUUGCAUUGAUCUUGUUUCUACUGAGACCUCCUAACCUAAGAGGAUCCAAUCUAACUGGAAAGCCAGCCAGUCCUCAUAAUGGACAGGAUCCACCAGCCCCUCCUGUGGACUAACUUUGUGAUAUUGGAAGUGAAAAUAGUUAACACCUUGCACGACCAAAUGAACGAAGAUGACCAGAGUACUCUUAACCCCAUUAGAACUGUUCUUCCUUUUGCAUCUGCAAUAUGGGAUGGUAUUGUUUUCAUGAGCUUCUAGAAAUUUCAUUUGCAAGCUUAUUUUUGCUUCCUGUGUUACCAUCAUUCCUAUUCACAGUGUAUUUGAGUAAAUGAUUAUAUUUUAAAAAGUUACAUGGGCCUUUUUGGUUAUCCUAAACUCAAACAUUCCACUCAUUCUAUUUGUAACUGUGAUUACAAUUUUGGUGAUGAUUUCUGGCCCGAUUGAAGGAAAUUGGAGAUCUCUGCACUUAAAUAUUUUAAAUAGUUUUGAUAGGUUUUGAAGUUGCUUUUUUCAUAGGGUAUUUAUAAAGUUAUUUGGGAUUGUCUGAGAUUGUAUGAAAGAAAAUUAGAACCACACUGUAUUUCUACGUACCUUGGUAGUUAUUUGUGGGUGGGUGUCAGUUCUUGGGACUGUGGCAGCCUUUGUAAUAUUUUACAAGUUACAGCUGAAAUCUGUAUCAUCGACUACAACUGGCUUAUGUGACUAGACAAGGAAGAGAGAAGACGUGAAAUAACUGUUUACUAAGUUUUUUAUUCCCAUAAAAUGUCUAAUAUUAAGAAAACUUUAAAUAAACAUGAUUUAAAUAUGGUGGAUGAUUUACAGUCCAUUAUAUGACAUUUGAAGCCACUGUAUACUAACUAGCCUUACAAGAUUCACGAAAGGAGGAAAAUUAUUCAUUCUUUUUGCCUUUGCCAGGUAUAAUCUAUACAGUAAUAAUUUAAUCUGUAAUUUAUUUUUUAAAUGGGUGCCUCUCAGAAAGCUUCCUUUCUGUUCAAACACUUCCCUGUUAAAUGAAACUCCUAAAGCUAGCUGUAUUGGGGGCUUGUUUGCCUACUGACAUUUGAAUGCUAUUUACUCUAAGUAUUUUGUUGUCCUUCUGACUUUUAAAAAUAUUUAAUGAAUUCCUGGUUUACUCCAAGGAAAAAAGAGGAAAAUGAGAAACAAUCAAGGGUCUUUUUCUUACCCUAUAUCUCAUUCUUAUUUGGUAAUAGGAUGGAUUGGGGU